AUCUUCACUUUGGUUCUUGUUUUGUAUCCACAAGUCUACGUCAGCAAGUACUCCACUUGCCUCCUCCGCCGAUACAUGACAGCUGUCGAACCAAUAUUACGUACCUCACUAUGAAGACAUUUGCUAUUCUUUCUAUGCUUUUGGCUACAGCCCUUGCCGCACCGCCUCCACCAGGCCCACCAGGACUCUCGAACCCUGGAAAGGCCAAUGGCAAAGCAAAUGGCAAACCGCCACCACCACCACCACCACCCCAGCCCAAAUGCCCUACCAACUCUGCACAGCCCGACGGUAGACUGCCCAAUGGCGCCAUUUCAACAUCAGCCCUAGUCCCCAUUGCCGCCACAAGCCCAAACACACCCUUCCCAUCAGUAGAGUGGGCCAUCGUCACCCCAAACGACAUCUGCACAAUCUUCAACCUGCAACUCGACUCGGAUGCCACCCAAGGCAAGAUCUGUAAUCUCGUCUUCGACUUCCCUGACGACAAGGGUCUCUACGUCUACUUUGGUAGCGGACACUUUACCUUCACAGGAUACGCCAUCAACGCUGGUGCGGUACCAGGUCAGACGACUUACAACAACCAGCCUGCCCCUGGACCUAGCCCACCGAACCCACCGCCAACGCUUUUGCCGGGACAUAGCUACAUCAUUAACUCCUCGCCUUGUGGAAUCCCACCUCACAUUGGACAGGUUACGGUUAGUGGAGCGUUGUGCUCCAAGGACACGAUAUUGUCUUUCAAGCAGAGUAACGGUAACGGACAGUGCCCCAUGGGUUUCUACGUUGUUCUCACGGACGAUCCGAAUGCGCAAAAGUCUUCGUAGGGGCUUGAGUAGUGGUUUCCGGAGUGGUCAGGAUUAACAAUUUGACUAGAGCCGUGUUUACUUUUCAACUGAUAACCUAUCUUGCGUAUUGUGAGAAGGAAUUUUACCAAAUAGACAUUUUACUUUUCUAGAAA